ACAGCAUUAUUGAAUUUAGUAGUACACACAAUCAUUAGUCAUUACCACGUUUGAAACAUGACGACGGAGAAAAGCAAGAUUCUGGUGAUCGGAGGGACUGGUUACAUGGGAGAAUUCAUCGUUGAAGGGAGCGCGAAAGCCGGUAACCCAACAUUCGCUCUUGUCCGAGAAGCAUCUCUCUCUGAUCCUGUCAAGAGCAAAACCAUCCAGAGCUUCAAAGAUCUCGGUGUCACAAUACUACACGGAGAUUUGAAUGAUCAUGAGAGCUUAGUUAAGGCCAUUAAACAGGUUGAUGUGGUGAUAUCAACCAUCGGGCACAAGCAAAUCUUUGAUCAAACCAAGAUCAUUUCCGCCAUUAAAGAAGCUGGUAACGUCAAGAGAUUCUUGCCGGCUGAGUUUGGGAUAGACGUUGAGAGGACCAGUGCGGUUGAGCCGGCAAAAUCAUUAUUUGCAGGGAAGGUACAGAUCAGGAGAGCCAUUGAAGCUGAAGGAAUACCAUACACUUACGUUGUUAGCAAUUGCUCUGCCGGUUUUUACUUGCGUACGUUACUUCAGUUCGAGUCUGGUCUCAUUUCUCAUACUAGAGACAAGGCCAUCAUCUUUGGCGACAAAAAUGUUCCUCCUAGAGACAAAGUCACCAUAUUAGGCGAUGGAAAUGCCAAAGUUGUGAUCAACAAAGAGGAAGAUGUUGCAGCUUACAUGAUCAAGGCGGUGGAUGAUCUAAGGACUCUGAACAAAACCCUCUACAUUAGUCCUCCUAACAACAUUUUAUCGAUGAACGAAAUGGUCACCUUGUGGGAGAAAAAGAUCGGCAAGUCUCUUGAGAAGACUCACAUAUCAGAAGAGCAAAUCCUUAAAAGCAUCCAAGUUCCCAUCGAUGUUUUCAAGUCUAUAAACCACGCGGUGUUUGUGAAGGGAGAUCAGACCAGUUUCACAAUAGAGCCUUGGUUCGGUGAAGAAGCCUCUGUGCUUUACCCUGAUGUCAAGUACACGAGUAUUGAUGAGUAUCUCAGUCAAUUCACUUGAGAACAAUUCACAAAAACAAAUCACAAAACAAUAAAAACUGAUUCUUGUACGUGUGAAAUUGAUUAAUCAAGCAAAAUGUAAAGUUUUGUGAACUCAAGCUAAUAUAUUACACU